AUGAGCAGCACGAUUGUGCAGAAGCUGCGGAUCGCGCUUGAGCGGCAAACGCGGCGCCAACGGGCGGGCAGCAACGCCCCUUCCAACUGCACCAUUGUUGUUGGGAAGCGGAUGACACCCAACGGGUGUGAGUCUGUAGUGUGCCUCGCGAGCCGCCGGCCGGAGGAGCGGCGCCAGCAUCGUGUUGUUCUUCCCGGCCUUGGCCCAGGCGACGUCAUUCGCGCACCGGUGCGCUUUUUUGAAGGCAUUGUGCAGAAACGGCGGCUGCCGAAUUCCGCGCACUGUCGUCUGUGGCGUGGUGAAGAUGGAGGGGGGGCCGCGUGGGGGCGGCNUUGUGCAGAAACGGCGGCUGCCGAAUUCCGCGCACUGUCGUCUGUGGCGUGGUGA